GCGCAUGCGUAGUACAAACACCGGAAGUGUAUUGUGAAGAGCUUAGAGAGCAUCGCGCCAUUUUAUUCAACCGAAGAGUGGUGGAUAAAGUACUUUUUUAAGCGUGAAUUAGUUUUUUUUUAGUUUUAGAACAGAAAAAUGGGAAGAAAGAAGAAGAAGCAGCUGAAGCCGUGGUGUUGGUACUGCAACAGAGACUUUGACGACGAGAAGAUUCUCAUCCAGCAUCAGAAAGCGAAACAUUUCAAAUGUCACAUAUGUCACAAAAAGCUGUACACGGGACCCGGCUUGGCCAUACACUGCAUGCAGGUGCACAAGGAAACGAUAGACGGAGUUCCUAAUGCGAUACCCGGCCGAACCGACAUCGAGCUGGAGAUCUACGGCAUGGAAGGCAUUCCGGAGAAAGACAUGCAGGAGCGGAGACGGCUGCUGGAGCAGAAAUCACAAGAAAGCCAGAAGAAGAAACAGAACCAGGACGACUCGGAUGAGGAUGAUGAGGACGAUGAAGCCGGUCCGGCGCCGUUUCAGCAGCCGCCCGUUGUCCAGCCGCAGAACGCCUACAUGCCCCCGGCUAACUACUCCGGAAUGCCUCCUAUGAUGCCUGGUGUUCCUCCGAUGAUGCCCGGAAUGCCCGCAGUGAUGCCCGGCAUGCCACCUGGUAUGAUGCCGAUGGGAGGGAUGAUGCCCCCGGGGCCCGGAGUCCCCCUCAUGAUCCCAGGAAUGCCCCCAGGAAUGCCCCCUCACGUACCCCGGCCCGGGAUUCCCCCGAUGGCUCAGGUACCUCCAGUGACGACACCAGGUGUUCCACCCCGCCCGGCCGCGCCCGUCGCCCCGCCCACCGCCUCCAAACCGCUCUUCCCCAGCGCUGCUCAGGCUCAGCAGCCGGUGCCCGCUAACGCCGAUCCUCCCAAAGCGACAUUCCCGGCCUACACCCAGCCUCCGUCCUCCUCCUCUUCCUCUUCCUCCUCCUUCUCGUCUUCCUCCGGUCCUGCUAGUAGCACUGCGGCUAAACCGACCGCCCCAGCAGUCUCCGCUAAGCCGGCCGCCGUCUCCAGCUCCAGUGCUACCAGUAAGUUGAUGCACCCUGAUGAGGAUAUCUCGCUGGAGGAAAGGCGAGCUCAGCUGCCUAGGUAUCAGAGGUUGAUUCCUCCGCGUCCUGGGCCGACCGUAGCUGCUCCUGCGGCGCCCCCUGCUGCGGCGGUGGCGUCGUUACAGCCGCCGCAGCAGCCAAUCAGACACCCCAUGCACGGUCAGUACGGCGCACCUCCUCAGGGAAUGCCGGGUUACAUGCCGGCGUACGGACAGGUGCCUCAGUACCAGGGCAUGAGCCGAUACUGACACGCCCGCUAGGUUUGCCUCAUUUUCUGCUGUUUAUUUAGACGAUUAAAAAAACAAACAAACAAACAAACAAACACGGACGGAGAGACUCGCGACGACACGCAGGACGCUCACACACCCCAUGACCCAUUAUCGUUACGGACUUUUUUUUCUUUCUUCCUUCAUUUUUUUUUUUCUGAUUGUGUUUCAUUCAGGUUUAAAGCUGUAACAGUGUCAGCGAUACUAUAAGGCAAGUUCACGAUAAUAAUUAUAAUUAUAAUUAUUAAUAAUAAUUAUAAUAAUUAACAUCACUUUAGUGUGUGUUUAGUUAGCGCGAAGCCUUCGCAGCACGUUAGCGUGCUGUUGGACGUCGAGUCCCCAACGCUGGUUUGGUGAGGGCUUCAUCGUAGGCAUGUGCCGAUCAUCAGGUAAAAAUAGAAACAUAUAAAUACGUCUCUCACAUCGUAACGUUUACGCACAAGUUACUGCUUUCUUUCUUUCUUUCUUUUUUAAAAAUAAAGCAAUUUUUUUUAAAUAUAAUAUUCUUUAGACACAUUCCAGUUGGAAAAUUUCGGCACAUGCCUACUUCCUGUGUGUUUGUGGAUCUCAGUAAACACUUUACGCCUGUAUGUUUGGACCUGUGUAAUUAUUAUUAUUUUUUUUUUUUUUAAUUUUUGAAAAAUGGAUUAAUAAACUUUAAUUUCCCUUCUUGA